CGUCGUCUCUCACGGUCUCACCGCCGGCUCGACAAGCUUCUUCUUCUUCUUUUACCUGCAGCACACUCACCAGUCACCGGUAACAGCACAGCUCCAAAUGGAGCAGGGGAACCACACCUCCUCUGGCUCCUAUAGCUACUACUCCGCCGCAGCUCCAGCCGCGUCGCUCCCUUUCGACGCGGCCGAUGGCACCGACGACAUGCUUCUGCAGCUCGACUCUUUCCUCCUUGGCACCAACGCCAUCGACGCCGAGGACAGCUCCUACUGGCUCUCUUCCUCGCCCUCGUCAUCCUCUGAUGCCGGAGCGUUGUCAGUGUCAUGUUCCACAAGCACGUCGGAGCUCCACCGGCGAUCGGACGCGGACGCGGACGCCUCGCCGGGCGAGAAGCGGCAGGCGACGGCCUUCAUCGGCGUGCGCAAGCGGCCGUGGGGCAAGUUCGCGGCGGAGAUCCGCGACUCCACGCGCAGGGGCGCCCGCGUGUGGCUCGGCACCUUCGACACCCCCGAGGCCGCCGCGCUCGCCUACGACCAGGCUGCCUUCUCCGCGCGCGGCGCCACCGCCGUCCUCAACUUCUCGGUGGAGCGCGUGCGGGACUCGCUGGUAGCGCUCGCGCUCGCCGGCGGCGCGGGUACCGGCGGCGGCUCCCCUGUCCUCGCGCUGAAGCAGCGGCACUCCAAGCGCACGCGCAGGCGCAAGCUCUCCCAUGUUUCCAGUAACGGCAAAAAUCCCAAGCCGCAGCGGCAGCCGGCGCGGCAAUCUUCCGACGUGUCCAGCGCGUCUUCUUGCACGGCCAUGGCGGCGCCGGAGAAGCAGGGGGUGGCGCACUGCGGCGUCGUGGAGCUGGAGGACCUCGGCACCGAUUUCUUGGACGAGCUCCUCCGUGUGUCGUCGGAGUUGGAGUAUUAGUUGACAGGUUCAAGUCAUGGACGUCGGCAUCGCCCUCGCGACCCGUCAUUGUAAAUUUCUGAAUCAUUAAGUACUCAACCCAAUUGCGAUCA